AUGGAGGUGGAGGCAACAGAAGAAAAGAUCAACAUCGCGGUGUGUAUGGGAUUCAUUGACAAAGUGCAGCGGGAUGAAGUAGGGGUCCUCCUGUGGCACAAUGAACAAAUGUCAUUGGAAGUUCUUAGUAGAGAGAAGAAGGAAUUUGCAAGGACCCGGGAAAAGUCUCGAACAACCUCUGGUCUUGGAUUUGUUCUCCUUUUGCUGCAUUUGAUUUUCCUUCAGCCUCAACUGACAGAAAAGCAUGAAAAACGGAAAAAUUUCAGGUUCAUAUUUGUCAAAUUCAGUGCAUGGGAAUUUGCAGGCAGUGAUAAGUUGUGGGCCGGUCUCAUAACAACAUUGUGUGAUAACAUCAAAGACCAAUUUGGAUGCAUUCCAACUAGCAUUGUUCGGUCCCUGGGUCACCAGUCCACCUUAGAAAAAUGCAAAUUUGGUUCUGAAUGGGUGUCUAAAAAAAUCCUUAAAAUUCCAAUAUGGUUUAUUUUCAGUUUCCUCCUAUUACUAGCUCUGACACUAGCAUUAGUCAUCUCAAUAUUUGGUAUUUCCAUUGGAGAAAUGGGAAAUAAUUUUGCUUUAGCCCUUGAAGGUCUAGGUUUUGGAUUAAUUGGAUGUUCCGCCUUCCUGACAAUGAAAAACUCCCUUGCAGUGGGCAAGAAUAUGAUAGUCAGCCAGAAGGCCAAAAUGGAAAGCCUAAUGAAUAAAACAGACUUCAGCGCUCAACUGGGGUUCAUGAAUGAUAUAAAGCAAGAAGUUAAAGUUCUCACAAAUUUCCUCAAGUACAUAGAAGUCUUUGAACGAAGAAAAAUUCGAAUAGUCCUAGAAAUUAUGAGUCUUGACAGAUGCACUCCAGAUAAAAUUGUUGGAGUCUUAGAUGCUAUGAACAUCCUCCUUUCAGAUCCAGAUGCUCCUUUUAUUUCAGUGCUGGCUGUUGAUCCUAGCAUCAUUGUAGCCUGUGUGGAGAAAUCUAAUACUUUCAAAGGUAUGGCAGACAAUGGCUACGAGUUCCUGAAUAGAAUUGUGACAUUACCAUUUUGUGUCCCCCAAAUGGACACUCAAACCAAACUCAACUUUAUCAAACAGGUAGUGGAAGGCAAAAAUGGCCUCAUGGAAGACGCUCCAAUGCAGCCUCACAGACAUGAAGCAGACAAGUUUCAAGGAAACUCUUUGGAAAUUGUGCCAUUGAUGAAUGUUUCUAGUGGAGAGAUUCAUACUUCCAAGCAAAGAAAUGCCAAAAUGAAACCAAGUCACCAUAUUCAACAGGCCUAUCAGUGCUUAAUGGACAGAGAUAGCAACCUCCAUGAGUACAUUGAGGAGAACUUCCUACAAAUGAGGAGGAUAGUAAACAUAAUUCCAAUUAUGACCACACUCAUGUUUGAACGAAAUGUUCCAAUGAGUUCAUUUCCCCCUCAGAGAAUUGCUGCUUGGGUUAUUUUAGCCACCUGCUGGCCAUGUCGCCUCAGUUGGAUCUGGCAAUGCUUGGAAGAUGCACAGCAAAGGGAAGAGUUAAAUGAAGAAAAGGGCAUUAACGAUGAGAUGCUGUUGUGGACCAUUUAUGAAAACUCCUCAGAAAACUUGAAAUUAAUACAAUCCAAUAUUGAAAAAUUAUUGACUUUGGAUGGAGAUCCUGAAAUCUUUCAGAAGUUUUUAUCGAUCAGCUACAAAUUCACUGUUAAAGAUGCAAAAAUCAUCCUGCCGUACACAAUUAAUCUAGAUUCUUCCUUAAAGAGAAAGAUGGAAUUACUUCUUGGAAGCAAAUUUUUAGGGAGAAGAGCAACCUCAUCUUCUGAAAAUGCUACAAGGCCUGAAUAGGAGUCAUAAUAAGAGAAAAAUUAUAAAAUGUUCAACAUUAAAAUCUUAUUUCUCUACAAGUUGAUGAUUCCUUUAAUAUACCAGCACUACUUGAUCAGGCUGACUAUACAAUAAUAAUAAAGGAUUUGAGGCAGUCAAGAAAGUAUUUUCCAAUGAAUCUAACAUUUGGAGAGUAUCUGGGUAACAGCACCAUCAAAGAGAAUAUGCAUUUUUUUACAUUGAAGAACUUCCAGUAGUUGAAUAACAUUUCAUGUCUUUAUUGCUGGUUUAGUCACAACUCACGCCUGCAACAGAAGUAAUUUGUCAAACUGCUCAAACUAACAUGCUAAAACAUUAACGUUAGUCAUUGCUUACUCUGUUGUACUCUUCCCUCUGAGAUUGCAGAUUCAAUUCCAUCCCCAGAGAUUUGAGCAUAAGAAAAAAUGUUCUGAUACUUUCAAUACAGUCUGAGGGAACAGACUGCGCUAUUGAAAGUUCUGUUGGUCAGAUAGGCAUUAUUCCUUUUAGACUGAUAUGAGAGAUUCUGAGGAACCUGAUAUUCCAAAGAAACCUUUACAGUUAUUUCUGUGCUAGCAUAAGAGCUUAUAAUAGAACUUAGAAGGUUAUUUGUCAUUGGGAAAAUGUUAGAAUCUAUUAAAAAGGAUAUAAUAGCAGAGUAUUUAGAAAAGCCUAAUAUAAUCAAGCAGAGUCAGCAUGGCUUCAUGAAGGAGAAAUCACGCCUGACAAAGUUAUUACAGUUCUUUUAGAUGGUUGUAAUAUAGAAGCACAGCAAAUACAAGUAGGCCAUCCAACUCAGUACUGUGUUCCUGUUUCUCCCCAUAUCCUUUGAUUACAUGAGCCUUAAGAACUAAAUUUAACUGCUUCUUGAAAGCAUUCAAUAUAUUGGCCUCAAGCGUUUUCUGUGACAGAGAAUUCCACAAGCUAAUCUCUCUCUGCAUGAAGAAAUUUCUCUUCAUUUCUGUCUUAAAUGGCCUAGCCUACAUCUUUACAAUGUGACCCCUGCUUCUGGACUUCGUCGAUAUUGGAAACAUCCUUCCUGUGAUAACACAUUGUAGUCCUAAUAGAAUGUUACAGAUUUUAUUGAGAUUCCCCUUCCUAGACUUUGUACCAUCAAUUAAAGCAAGUAAUGUUUCCUUGUCUACUUUAUGCUAACCUGUGAUAAUCUUGUACACUUAUAUCAAAUCUUGCUUCAAUCUCCUUGGAACAAAGGAGAACAACCCCAGCUAAACAAUUCAGAUACUUCACGUUCAUGAAGUUCAUGAGGUGUGUUAGGGUUGCCCAUGAAUGAGCAACACAAAAUGUUCGAUGGGUGGCCACAGCCAAAGCUGUCGGUUGUCUUAGGAAGCUUGGGAAAACAUUUGCUUACUAUAGUCUGCAUAAGUAAAAACAAUUGUAGCUCAUAGACCCAAGAUGGUACAGUAAGCUUAACAUGCAGCUGCAGUUGUUUAUGCAGGAGAUAUAGGUAAGAACAUUUCACAUAAGAAUUCUACACUAAUUAGUAAAUCUUUAAUUAGUCAGUCUGUUGCAAUUGUACAUUUUAAGAUUAAGUAAUCAUGGAUAUAGAUUCUGAAGCAGUUAUAGAUGCAUGCACAUACACAAAUCACCAAAAGCAUUAGAGAGAGAUUGAGAUUUCAUUAAGAAGGCUAGUCUUAGACAG